AUGACCAUCCAAAAUCGAUCGGCAGUCAAUCCUCCAUCCCCCGGUGGUACAUCAAUGGGUCACCACCUUACGGGUUAUGACCUUCCCUUUCGAACUCAACGGCUCGUCGACUCCACUAAUAACAGUUUCAUCGAGGACCCACAAGACGGCAUCGAUGACAACGCUUCGGAUCCCAUCAUCAUUGAACCGUCUCUGUUCCCUCGCGGUCAUAACCGGUCUUUCUCUGCCCCACCUUCCAACCAUUCAGGAUCGUCCUCACCGUCUUCUUCGUACUUUGAGUCGUCAUUUGACACGCAUCGGUGGCAAGGAUGCCAAUCUUUCUUUUGCCCCCAAUACCGAGCCAUCGGUGAUCAGCGCCAACGGUGCCCAAGUCAUCUCCGAGAGUGCAAGGCCUGUGCGGUCUAUGUCUGCCAGGAUUGCGUGCAAACCAAUCCUCCAUGCAAGUGCUCCUACUGCGAAGAAAACUAUCUGUGCCCAAACUGCAUGAAAGUCCGUGCUCGUGAUGGCACCUGCCGGCGCCGCGAGGAGGAAAAAGCACGCAGAGAGCGCAAAUGGAAAAAGGAUAUGCAGGUUCUCGAGGGAAUUUUGGAGCUCAAGGUUGCCAACGAAGUAGCUGAGUUUGCUGGUCAAUUCUUCGGCUUGAUUGAGCAUGGUUCGGAUGAUCAAAUUGAUCCUUCUGAUCUCAUCGAAUUUCCUGAUGCUGAGGAACUUUCCCUGUAUCAAUCUCAGGACCAGAUUAUCGACUUGCCUACAGAUAUGGGAUCCGCUCUAUUCACUGGUACUAAUUAUAUUGGACCACUAUACGAAUUUGAGUAG